UAGUAGCGAUUAAACGUCGAGGCCUAUCGUAGGCACCUUUACGACGUGGAUCGGUCGGAACGGAGUACUCAUAUCUCGACACACCUGAGGCUAUAACUCGGUCCAACCAGCCGAGCCUUCAUAAACACGAAUCGCAAGGCGAACACCACCCCCGCUGUGCAAGCAAUAACAAUACCACGAUGGUCAGGUCGGCUAUACUUAGACAUUGCUUACCGACGAACGUUGCACGUGUGCACGCGAACGUCUGAAAGUGUGUAUUUCCUCUCUCUCUCUGUCUUCUUCGUUUCCUUUUCAUACCUCUUUCCGCUUCCAUUCUUCUUAAACGCGCUCCGCAUUGAAAUAUUAGCUCUAGCGCUCGUCUUCAACGAUAUCAAAAUCGAGUCUCUUUCUCGUCGUUUCGAUCGACUAGCGGAUAGUUGGUUAUCUUACGUCACACGAUCGAGCAAGACAGAUAGCGAAACCCGAGGUUUCUCGAUUGGAUAUUAUCGACUAAUCGCGAUGAUAUACUCGUGGCCUCUCGAUAACGAUCCAGGAGAGGUCGGAUCGCCGUUCAAUAAACUACGCAAUGGCGUGAUCGGUAGGAGACACAGCCGUGAACGAUCCUUAUCCGCAUCCGAAUAGAUUCGCUCAAGGGUUUGAUCGAACGUUCGCGUGCAGGACGUGGUCAUCAACGCGAAUAUAACUUUCUCUCUUCGUGUUCUUUUCUUUGAAAAUGAUAGAAAAAGUUGAGCGAGAGAAUUGGAUUAUUAUUUGGGUAACUUUCCUCGGCACGCUCGGUGGUCUCGUAGAAAUCGAGACCGAAAUUUCAAGAUAAAAAGCCGUAAAAAGCCGAAGAGUUCGCUUCUUUGAAAAUGGUUCGACCGAUUUGCCCGAGGCAACAACUCUGCCUAUCCUUAAUCCGACAGUUCUUUAAAGAAUUAAAGCGCGAUCUUUCUCUUCUUCUCUCUCGCGGCGGAGUUCUCUUCGAGCGUCUUCCUUCGAUGAAGCUUUCCAAAUUUAAUUCUUGUUUAUUUACUUUGCCUCGGAUGCCCGGCCUCUGCGUUAGCUGCGAGAUGUUGAUCUAGGCGGCCCCUAACAUUAACAGAUCGCCAGAUGUUACUACAGGAUCGUCCAUAUUUGCCGUGUGACACGGGAAUUGAUGUACGCUUUCGUUCGAGAUGCCGCCUCGAGAAAUAUCGGUCGGCUUGUGUUAUCGUUUAGAAAUUCCCUGGACAAACUCAACCGUAUACCACAUUUUGCUCGCUGCGUUUAAUGCGACAUGCCAGUAAAUUACUUUAUACUUUAUUGAUAAUAAAUUAAUUUACAUUUUAUUGAUAACGUCAAGGAUAACGAGCUUUACGUGUAAAAAUUCUCUAACUGGCGCAAACUCCGCGUAUCUUGCUUAAGCUUUCACGUUGUAAGUGAUAAUUUACGCCGUCGAUUAUAUCAUUAGAACGUAGCCUAAAAGAAAAGGAAAAAAAGAACCUCGCUAAUGCCACUUUAAUACACAUCGUAUCGAGAUCGCCAGAUUCACACGUUUCGCCAUAUACGAAAAGCGAAGAAACAACGCGUCGCGGGAGGUCCGACGCAAAUAAGUCGACGUACAGAAAUACGAAUCGGUGCUUAUCGACGAACGUGGUGGUAGGCCACGCUUCGAGUCUCUACGGAUACGUACAGUCGCUUCUUAACGUUACCAUUAUCAAGCGGUUUUUAAAGGAGUUACCGGAGAAAGGAGAAGGGAAAAGAAACUAAGAGUAUCGUUCGGAAUAGUAGAAAUUUGCAUAAGUCUAAGCGAUAACCGAAUGCAUGCAAAUGUCGAAGUGGCGUCGAGAGGGGUCGAGGAUGUAAAAAACAGAAAAACUGGCUCGACGUGGAGAGAAAACGGUGUGUCGACUCGAGCCGGGCAUUCCUUGCACACCGUUCUAACGAAGUUUUUCUAAGGUCCUGCGCGUGCACCUAUUCCAUCCCCGUCGAAUCCGAUGAAAUUUAAGCGAUACUCGGGAACGUACCGAUCCGCUUUGUCCUCGUGCGUCUUUGCUCGACUGGACGCGCGUAAAUAGUAAAAGAAAACGAGAGGAAAAGAAAUCGGGAGGAAUGGAAACGUAAGUUUACCAGCUACCGCUUAUCGCUGAGCUUUUCAACGUCGAUGGCGUCGUUCCAUAUAGGAGUUAACGACGACGGUUCGUUAAAGAUAACGUCUACGGAAACUUAUAAUAGACGGUAUAAUAUUAAGAAGAAGAAGCGGCCGCGAUAGUGUCGUGAAACAAUUACGAGAAAGUUUCGUCGUGUGUUUUCCUCUGCUUCGUCGACGAGUGGGAAGAGGAAGAGGUAUGGAACGGUCGGAGAAAAGAGGAGAAGAGGGUCGGUAGUAUUCGCGCAAGGCGAAGAUACGAAGGAAGAAGAAUAAGAGGAGAAGAUGGAGGAGUCUAAAGGAGGGAUGGAAAAGAGAAAUGGGAGGGGACUCCGUGGAACCGAGGAAGAGAAGGGAGUCACUCCCAAGAGGAAGCAAGCCCGAGUGGCGACGCCUCAGUGACCGAGCUUACUCUCUCUCGUGCUUUGGCUCGCAAGCGCGAACCUCGUAGAGCCUCCUUUUUCGUCUACCACCUACCACGCGCGUCUACGCGUGUUCUCCCUCUCUCGUUCUCGUGUCCCUGCGCACGAAGACCGGCGCCUGCUACAACCCUCGUGGUGGGCGCCUCGUGGACCUUCGCUUUUGGCUCCUACGAUACGGCCCUGAGAAUAAGCCAGUCGCAGUUAUACGCGCGCCCUUCCGUACCGUUCUUUCUUUGUCUCCAUUCUUUCUUUUUCCCUUGCCGAGUUGCCACGUUUCAAGAAGCUGCUUUCGCGACUGUCGCUCGCGUGCCUUACCACCGAGGAAGAAAGAAAACGGAAAAGAAAACGACUUUCUCUCGAUCCUCUCUUUUUCAUCCUUCUCCUAACUUCGCUUCUAACUUCACACGUGCGCGAGUUCGCUUUCGAUGAUGACAUAAGUCUCUCUCGGCCUUGCGAAACAACGAUGGUGUAUUUCUGGCGAUCGAGCGGACACGUGCUCCUACUUGCGCGUUCCAUCUAGCCGGAUGUUUCGAAGCUCUUUUCGCAAAACCAGUUGCAUCGUCACGAGUGUUUUGUUUACGCGCUUUCGUAGGAAAAAGGGAGGGGAGAGAGAGAGAGAGAGAACGAGCAGCGCAAGUGUGUGUGCAUUUCGCGUGAUUCUGCGCAGUGUCGAAUCGUAAGCCGGUCAGAAAUUAUAAGCGAAGCACGUUCUCGACUCCGAGCCGUUCUUAGUUUCGAAAGGGAAAGGAUAACGGAUUAACGGUGUUCCCUCUUGCCGAUUUUGCGUGUUUCGAAAGUUUUUUGGUGUUUCGUUAAGAUUUCAAACGUGAAACAGUGUGAUCGUUACCGAGUGGAGGAAUAGCAGUCCGUUCGACGUAUCAAUCGAUCGACGGAUCAUCCGGAAUAAAUUUUUUCGUCCUCGGAAGAAGCAAGAUGGUCGACUUCAUCAGCUAUCCGGAGAUUUCCUAUCUCUACGAUGAACUUCUCAUGGGUGUGACGGGCGACCGGCUGGCCGGGGGCGCCGCACACCUCCUCCAUCUCUUCUUCUUCUUGCCACGUCCACAACACACAAUGUAACAACAACUACCACUACUAGAGUCGUCCGCGCGAACCACGUUCUCAAUGUACUCGAUGUGAUGAACCGUCCUAUUCAAGUGAAGCCGGCGGACAGUGAAAACCGCGGAGACAGAAAGCUGUUCGUGGGAAUGCUGAGCAAACAACAGACCGAAGACGAUGUACGACAAUUGUUUGCUGCCUUUGGCACAAUAGAGGAGUGCACCAUCCUCCGUGGUCCAGACGGUAGCAGCAAAGGCUGCGCAUUCGUUAAGCUGUCGUCGCAUCAAGAAGCACUAGCGGCGAUAAAUUCUUUACACGGUAGCCAAACUAUGCCGGGUGCGUCAUCCAGCGUAGUGGUAAAGUUCGCGGACACUGAGAAAGAGAGACAACUAAGACGCAUGCAGCAAAUGGCUGGGAACAUGAGCCUCCUUAACCCCUUUGUCUUCAAUCAGUUCGGCGCUUACGGCGCUUACGCCCAGCAACAAGCAGCGCUGAUGGCAGCUGCAACGGCACAGGGAACGUAUAUCAGCCCGAUGGCCGCUCUAGCCGCUGGACAAUUACCACACGCCCUGAAUGGCAUGCCGAAUCCCGUCGUACCACCGACUUCCGGUUCCACAGGACAGCCGGUUAACGGAGCGAUACCGUCGUUACCCUCGCCGACGAUGCCCAAUUUCAACAUGGCCGCCCAAACACCGAACGGUCAACCAGCAGGUUCGGAUCCAGGUGUCUAUACCAACGGAAUACCGCAAACCUACUCGGGACAUGCCCUCCAUUUGUCGAUUCCAGCACAGGGGCUGCCCAAUGGGGAGGCGGCACUUCAACAUGCCGCCCCUUAUCCUGGAAUGCAAGCUUAUCCUCCUGGUGUCGCUUAUCCCGCAGUCUAUGGCCAGUUUCCUCAAGCUAUUCCUCAGCCGAUGACCGCCGCUGUGGCACCUACGCAAAGAGAAGGAUGCUCUAUCUCAGGACCCGAGGGCUGCAACCUGUUCAUCUACCACCUGCCACAGGAGUUUGGUGACACCGAGCUCAUGCAGAUGUUCAUGCCCUUCGGCAACGUCAUCUCCUCGAAGGUGUUCAUCGACCGGGCCACUAACCAGAGCAAAUGUUUUGGUUUUGUAUCGUUCGACAAUCAAGCGAGCGCGCAAGCAGCGAUCCACGCGAUGAACGGAUUCCAGAUAGGAAUGAAACGGUUAAAGGUACAACUUAAAAGGCCCAAGGAUUCUAGCAAGCCAUACUAACCCACGUCCUAGCGUAGAAAAACUGGACGGUUUGCGCCCUACGUCAUAACUUACAGAAUGUCGUACGAGAAUGCAAGCCCUUUGGAAGCUCGACGAUCAGGAGUGACGAGUUUGAAUCACCGCUGCAACGCUCCUCUCCAUCGUAAUAACCUAGUAUACUAGCUAGUUAAUUUCAUAGAGGAUAGUAUCUAGAAAUCGAGAUAGAGACGCAGCUUCGUCGCUCGCUAAAAAGUUGCCUCGACGAAGACGAAGGAGAUCCAAAGGAGCUCGAUUCGGAUGUUCUCUAUUAUUUUUCUUUUUUUUUUGCGCUAAACCCAAAUUCGAGGAGACUGAAGGAGCAAAAAAUGUUAUACCGGCUAAACGUUCGCCGAAUGCAACGACGCCGUGGCGCGAGAAAGUUGGAGCGCAUCUCUCUUCGCUGACGUUUGACGUUUGACGUUUGACGUUUGACGUUUGACGUUUGGAAGAAAGGAUCUUUGGUCGAACACGAUCAUUCUACUCGUCAUCCCGUUUCUUUCUUGCAAUUCUGUCGGAUAUUUUUUUGAAUCUCCUCAUUAUCCCCUCCCUUCGAUCUAAACUCCCACUCCUUUUCUAUCGUUUCGCAAGAGAUUCGAUCGUUCGAGUCUUCGCCGUUGUUGUACCUGUUCAGGGAAUUUUAAAGAAUGAGAAAAUAAUUUUAAAAAGACGAGAGAAGAAGGAGGAACAAGAAGAAAGAAGAAAAAGAAAAAGCAAGAAAAAGCCAAAGAAGCUCGACGAACUUGGGCUCAGCGUCAAGAUCCGAAAUCCUGCGAGUUCAUCCAAGUGUCUCUCUCUUACAUAUAAUAUUGAUAUAUGUGUAUACAUAUAUAUAUAUAUAUAUAUAUACAAUAUAUAUAUACACAUAUAUACACAUCUAUAAGAAUUUUAACGCGCAUCGUUUUGCGCGCCGUAGAUUUUAUAUACACUGCAACUAGAGAGAGAACGUCAGUGCCGUGCGUCAAAAGAAGAAAUAGAGAACUUUCUAGGCUUCCUAGGACUCACGGCCCUUCGUUGUCCCUGUGUAGCAUGUAUCGAUUACGAUUAUCCUUAUUAACUUAUUAUCAUUAUCGCGUUAUCAUUAUUCUUAUUAUUCUUAUCAAGUCGCGAGCGAGUUUCCGGCCGAAAGUAUAUACAUAUACAUAUUAUUAUUAUUUUUACUGUUAUUUUUAUAACUAUUACUAUUAUUAUUAUUAUUAGUACUAUUAUUAUUAUCAUUAUCAUUACGUAUACAUAUGUAUAUGUACAUGUAUGUAUGUAUGUAUGUAUGUAUGUAUAUACAUAUAUGUAUAUGUAUAAUCCACACACGUACACAGAAACACACACAGAGAAGUUUCUACGGAUUUUCACAGGCAUAUAUCCCAAGGGUUCCUUUUUCAGCGUCGAGAUAAGGAAAAAGUAAAAUCAUUUUACGUUCGAUCGACCGCAUACUGCAUCGCCCGAGAAAUGUCAACUAGGCUGUGAUUAUACCGAACAUACAAAAAAAAAAGAAACCAAAGAAAAAGAAAGACACAGAAGGAAAAAACGAGCAAUGGAAUCGGCGUUUUCUUUGUACGGAGGGAAAUUUUCACAAGAUCGUAUCGUACUCGAGAGAAGGGCAUGGAUUAUCAUCGUCCUUUGUUGAUUCAAAAACUAAUCCUUUUUUUUUUCUAUUUUCCUGACUCACGCUAUUACUAUUAUUAAUACUACUACUAUGACAACUACUACUACGACAACUACUACUACUAUUACGACUACUACUAAACUACGACUAUUAUUACUACUGUUGCUACUACUACACUACUUCUGUUACUACUGCUACUGCUACUACUACUACUACUACUACUACUACUACUACUACUACUACUACUACUACUACUACUACUACUACUGUUACCACCAUCAUCACCACCAUCACUACUACUACUACUACUAUUACUACUACUACUACUACUACUACUACUACUACUACUACUACUACUGCUACUACUACUGCUAGUACUAUUAUUACUAUUACUAUUAUUAUACUAGUCAACACUUCUAGUCGCUCGCACUACGAGUGGAGAAACGAUCAAGGGUUGAGAUUUUGAAGUAUCAUGGAUUACCAGCACGCUUUGCCAUUCUUCUUCGUCGUUAUAUCUAUCGAUGAUGACAUAUAGUACAAUCACAAAAAAAGAUAGGAAGGAACAGAGAAUGGCGGAGCGUGCAAAACUUUUAUCCUGCCAGAAUCCGAGCUACUCCUCGGUCCUUUGAAGACACGUCAAUUCACGCGCUGGGAACACGAGAAAAACGUAUAUCUAUCGUAGCUCGUUAUAUUGUUUGUUGCGAUCUUUAGAAUUGAAGAACUUCAUAUAUAUAGCAAAGCUAAGCUAGCCCAUUUUUUCUUCGAUCGUCGUUCUAAAAGAAAUAAAAGACCAAAGAUAAGAGAGCGAUGUGUAAAAAAGAUUAGGACAUUUUGCGAGCGAUGCCCGGUCGGAUCCUGCGAUCGAUCGAUUAGCGGGAAAUAGAAAAAGGUGCGGGAGUUAAACCAAAUACUUAGGCUAAUUUUUUAGACGAUAGGAUACAUAAAAUGACGGUCAAGCGGAGCGACAAAAUGGAGAGGAGAACUUUGAUCUAGCGGAAAUAAUCAACUAAAGUACCAACUAUUAUGUAUAUCUAUGUAUCUAUAUAUACAUAUAUGCGUAUAUGGGUAUAGAUAUAUAAAUAUUCAUUAUUUGAGAAAAAGUAUAUAAAUAUAUAAUUAAAAAUAAUAUAAAUAUAUGAGAGAUAUAUAAUAUAUAUAUAUAUACUAUAUAUAUAUAUCUAUAUAUAUAUAUGUAUGUAUAUAUUAAUCGAAAGAAAACUAGAGACUUAGUAAAUUAUUAUUAUUAUUAUAGUUUUAGCCAAUGAGAACGUAACAGAUCCGCAAUGUAAAGCAGAUAAGAGAGAGUGAGAGAGAGAGAAAGAGAGAAAGAUAAAAUGCAACAAAUUAUUAGCUUCGCGGGAUACGAAAGGGUGACGGUACGUUUAGUGAGACGUAAAAACAAAAGAAACUAGUCACGUGCGCUGUUUAGAGCGCUACUAUGUAAUAUAUAUAAUAUAAAUUAUGCGCACAUAUAACGUAUAUUAUAUAUAUUACAGUAAUAUUAUAUACAUAUAUGCAUACUACAUAAAUACAUAUAUAUAUAUGUGUGUGUGUGUAUAUAUAUAUAUAUAUGUAUAUAUAUACACAUACAUAUAUGUAUAUAUGUAUAUAUAUAGUAUUUAUCUUUCAAUUUGUAUUUUACUUUUUAGAGGGGUUUGGACGGACGACCCUUCUCCUCGCUUUUACAGUCCGUUCACGAAUUCAUUGCUCACACUAUAUUCGUGGCACACGUACAGGGCAUAAAAUGGAAGAUAAAGGAUAGAGUGAUUAAAACGUAGCUACAUAUAUACGUAUGUACGUAUGUACACGGCUCAUACAUAACAGACAUGAAGUGAAAUACAACGUGAUGAGACGCGCGUGUACGAUUUUAAAGAGUACGUUUUGAAUUUCCCUUCUUCAACGAGAGUUCGGAGGCUACAUAUAUAGUUAUCGACGGAUAAUGGUAUGAAACGACAUAAAAAUAAUAAGAAUAAUAAUAAUGGUAAUAAUUAUGACGAUGAUAAUAUAAUAUAUAUUAAUACUAAUAUAUAAUAAUAAUAAUAAUAAUAAUAAUAAUAAUAAUAAUAAUAAUAAUAAUAAUAAUAAUAAACAAAUAAUAAUAAUAACUAAUAAUAAUAAUUACUAAUAAUAAACUGAUUAGUAUUAUAAUAACAAAUAAAUGAAUAAUAAUAAUAAUAAUAAUAAUAAUAAUAAUAAUAAUAAUAAACUAAUAAUUUAUAAUACAUAUACACAUAAACUUAUAUACUAUACAGCAGCGUAAACAUACACAACAUAUAUUCUUGUCAUUUUUAGAAAAUUACCUUUAUAAAUAAAAAUAUUUCCGAUCUCAAUGGGGCGUGGUCGAUCGGGGAUCGCGUUCGUAGGAAGGACGAUGAUUUGGAAGAGGCAGAGCAGAACAGCAAAGACUGUUAUUAUAUAAAGGAUCUUGAUUUGAAUUCUCAACCAUACUUUGUACGUCGAAUCGAUAAGUCUCGUGUACAUGACCGGCUUCGUUCGCCAAUGGACAUUUAAGAUUCAUUCUUAAUUUUUUAUUACCACUCAAGUUCACUUAUCAUUUUUCAAAUAUGACGUUUCAUUUUGAAAUGAAAUUUGAUUAACACGCAAUAUAUCGAGUUCCAACGUAGUUUAACCCACGUUUGCCGAUCCACAGCUUCAAUAAUUACAUACCGUGAACGGAAUAGCGAAUCAAUGCGAGCGUGAGAGACACAGGGCUCGGUAAUAAGGGCCUCGAUAUAUAUAUAACACUAACACUGGCAAACAGGUACCACCGAGUAAAGAUGUAAUCGGGAAGCGUGUACGGGCGUAUCGCGCACGUGCCUAACUAUCUUUACACUGAUGAUGCAUUACGCGCAGCCGGUGCUUGGCACAUUCAACGAACGUUUCAUUUCUCACGGAUGUUAUUUGCUUCUCUGGCUGCAUGCACUGUCUAUGUUUAAUGCAUAUAGUAUUUAUACAUACCUAUAUAAAGUAAAUGCACAGGCGCGUAUUACGUAUGUGAGGCUCUUUAAUUCGUUGCGUACAAUGGAUGUACGAAGUCGAUAGAAACGAUACGAUAAUAUAAGAUAGAGAUAAGCGGAUUGAGAAUCCGAUCGGACAGAUUUUCCACGCGAUUUGCGUUGUUAAGGCGCAAAAGAAGAAACUGUGAGGGAACAUCCUUUAUAAGAGAGUUAAAGGCAUCGGUGAACGAAUUCGCGAGUUUCUUUUAUUUUCCAACAUCUUUUUCUUCAUUUCCCCUUAAUUUUUUUCUUCUUAGGAUCAUUCUUUAUUUUUUUGCAGAGGCUAAUCUCUUUUCGCGCGAUACCAUAGAAUAUCAUUUAAAGAAGAGUGUGGCUUGGAGUUAUCACUUUUCUCUCGAAUGUUUGUCAUUACGAGCUUGCGAGGAAGAUUAUUUAUGAUGAACCAGCCAUUUGAUAGAAGCCGUAGAAAGUAGGCAACUCGGAGGAUAAGCAAUUUCUUCGAAGAUGCAUCUUUGCCCGCACACAUACAUAUACGAAUACGAGAAUGAUCAGGAGAUAAAGAGAAGAGAUUCAAAGAAGCAUCUAUCGCGGGGAACACAGAAGAGACACGUAUACUAAAUAAUAAAAAAAAAGAAAUGCUUCUAUGCAAGCACCAAUUGAUAAUAUCACUACGAUCUAAGCUUUUUAAAGAACUUUAACAAGUACUAAAAAUAGCAUAUAUCAAGGAAACACAACCUACUCUUAUAAAUAACAUGGAGAACACAAAAUAUAAAUACACGCAUAUACAAAACGUACACGUAUAUUAUACGUAUAUACAUAUAAAUAUAUAAAUACCGUAUAAAUAUAUAAAUAUAAAUAUAAAUUAUAAAUAUGAAUAUAUAUAUAUAUAAAUAUAAAUAAAUAUAUAUAAAUAUAAAUACAUAUAUAUAUAUAAAUAUAUAAAUACGAAGGUCAAACGACGAUUGUAGACAAACUAGAAAAAAAUAUAAACUAUUUUAUCCAACAAAGUUUUUGCUACAACCGACGUAGUGUGCAUCUUGCUAAAUGUCAUAAUCGAGACUUAUUAAGAGGGAGAAGAAAGAGAGAGAGAGAGAGAAAGAGAGAGAGAGAGAGAGAGAGAGAAAGAAAGAGAGAGAGUGAGAGAGAGAUUCUUAGCUCUAAGAACGAGAUUAGAGAGAUAAAGAAAAAAGAAAAGAAAAAAAAAAUAAUGAACAUAAUAAUGCGAUAUUCCCUGAGGAGAUCAGCUUUGAAUUUAUUUUUACAUGACGUGAUAUAAUAACCGAGACGAAUUCGCUGCUCGCUAAUCAAUGUUCCGAAUUUCUGGGAAAGCGAUGUAUUCGCGAAAAAUCCGAAGCGUCGUAUAUACGGCGUGCCCGCGUAUGGAAUUUACGAAUCGAUCGGAGAGGAAAGAAACAAAAAAAUGAUUUUCAGAAGAAAGCUUCGUAUUCUCGAUACGCUUCGGCAUGACGUCGUACCGAAUCGUCCAUCGACUUCGUCCUGCAUGAAAAUUAACUCGAAGAAGUUAGCAGCGUCGACGGAAGCGCCCAUCCUUUUGUAAACUUUUAUUUAUUUUUUUAUUUUAAAAUGGGAGAACAAACAUGAGCGCUUCACUCGACGUCUGAUUUAUCUCAAAUCGGGAUCCGAAUACUUUGCCCAUUGCAUUGCUCUAAACUGAAUGUCUAUGAUGGACGACGCGCUAUAAAAUGCGAUUUCGAAGUUAAAAGGGAUCCGUGCUGAUGACAGAGAAAGAGAGAGAGAGAGAGAGAGAGAGAGAGAGAGAGAGGAGAAGAGAAGAGAAAGAAGGAGGAUGAUAUAUAUAUUUGUACUUAUAUAUCACGCUGCUCUCGAAAAAUCAAUUUGACACGAUCGAUCCAGCGCAAUUGCAUUUGCGAGCAAGCCAAAGGUAUGAACAAGGAAAACCCAUCGACCCUCUCGACACUGCUGCACCGCGUUAACAAUCCCCCCAUUUGAAGUGGAAUUAAGAGAAAAAAGAAAAAAGUAUAAAAAGAUAUAAAAGAGAAAAUUGGAAUCACGUUCGCUAACGUUGCGAUCCGAUCGAAUCGUAAUGUCAGUGAUAUAAUAUAUAGGAAACAGGGUAUGUUUUUGCAAUUAUUUGCGUAACUUGUAAAGAAAACUUAAACGAACACACGUACAAUACAUAUACGCGCGCGUACAUACAUAUUUACAUAUACAAAAAGAUACAUUAUAUGCACUAUUCGAAUCGAUGACUCAGCGAUGAGAAGAACGAGAAGCCGCGCGCACACGCGACGUCACAACGCGACAACAACGGCACACAACAACAGCAAUUACACAUGCACACGCAAUUACACGUCAAAAUGAGCGAAGAAUUAUCAAAGACGCGUGACUUUUUAACUAGGCUCUCGCCGAUCUAACUAUAUCUCUUAAAGCUACCUACGACGUAAGCAGAUAUCGAAGAUAUUGUAGGUGUUACAUCGUCCUACGUAGGCUACGAUAAGCGAACGUAGAAACGGACUCGCGAAUCGAGAGUGAAUUUUCAUCCUCGCGAUCUCUCUUUUUCCUCGCUCUUCGGCCAUUCCCAAACGGAUUUGUGAUUUGUUAGUAAACGUGCGCGAUCGUCGCGCCUGUUGGAUUCUUAAAAAGAGAAAAAAGAUUUAAAAGGUUAAAGAAAUGUCGAAAAUACUUCUUCCUCCCAUAAAUUUUUCUACCCGUCUAUAUCUGCUUACCUUUUUUAUCUCGCAUUGUCUACAUUUUCUUUCUUCUUUUCUGGCUUUGAUAUCCCCUUUCGUGGAACUUGAUUCGUUAGCGAGAUUCUUCGAGUAUAUUUUCCUUAUCCAAGGUGUUACAAUCAACAUCAGCGAACGUUUCCUCGAUCGAUCAUAAUCUUUCGAAUCGUUACGGAUAGUUGGCCAUAGUCGUUCGUUCGAUACGCUCUAGGAUCGCUGUUUCGUUUAAAGACCCAAGCCAAGGCUGAUCGUCACCGGGCUUCGUAAGAGAUCUUUUUCAAAAAAAAAAAUCAAAUCAAACGAUGAAAAUUUAGAUCGCCAUAAUCCCCGGCCAUACUUCGAUCGACUAUCCGGGACCAAUCAUUAUUCCUUCUGGCUAAAAGUGAAGAACAAUUAAAAAGAAGCGCGUUUAAUAUUGUAGUUCAAUCAUCUGCUACGUGAGAGAAUGACAGAAUGAUCGAACGAGAAAAGAAGAAUGAAAGGGAAAGAGAGAUAGAAAGCAGUUGAAAGUAAAAAAGAUGUUCUUCGACCGUAUGGUUCGUCCCAAUUCGACAUUUUUUUUAUCGAUCUUUUUCCCCUUCGAGAAGAAAGACGCGACCCCUUCUUGGACCAACGACGCUUCAGAGGGAAAACUAUACACGAGACUUAGACUUUUUACAGAGUUACACUUGUCAAUUUCCGUGCACGGAACUUCAAACUUCUUGUCGUUACGAAUAGCGGUUCGAUUUGUAGAAAUAGAUCUCCGAAGAAAGUUGUGUGUGUGUGUGUGUGUGUGUGUGUGUGUAUGAGAGAAAGAGAGAGAGAGAGAGAGAGAGAGAGGGAGAGGGAGAGAGGGAAAGAAUUAGGAUCUCGCGUUGUCGUUAGUAGAAAGGUGGGGUCGAUGACGCUCUACAUUCGUUCCAAUUUCUUUUCUAUGAUUACAUUUCUUCGAGAUUAUUGUCUUGCUUGCUUGAUAAAAGUCUACGAUCUAAGAUAUUUUUAUAGCUUAUUAAACUUACUUGAUCGAUGAAAAAUGGUUUUGAUUGAAUGUCUCGUACAAUUUUGGACAAAAUUUUAUUUUAUUCUCUCUAACGAUCGUGCAAUUUCGAAGACCGUCGCGGCUCGAACCCCGUAGAUCAUAUAGUGUUUGAAACGCUAAUGAGCCCUCCUCCAUCGGCUGGAAAAUGUGCAAUGUUUAGAGAAAGGAGCGAUGCUUUUAGAAGGCUGUACACGUCCUAGUUAAUUUCGAGUUAAUUGAACGAGGAGGGCAUGAAACACACGCGCACACACGUACACACGUACACAGUCAAGAUGCAGAGCGGCGAAAAAUUAUGUCGUGUGUGGUCCGUAUUAACAAAAAAAAAGGAAAAAGAAAAAAAAACAAAAAAAAAUGAAAAAAGAAAAGAAAAACAAAAGAUUUGACAACUUUUUAUUGAAUAAUAUACGUAGUAUUUGUCGAGCAAUUUGCGUGUGAUAGAAACCGAGAGUCUGAUUAUAAGCAUGAAAGAAGCAGAGAGAGAGAGAGGGAGAGAGAGAGAGAGAGAGAGAGAGAGAGAGAGAGAGAGAACGCAUAUGACAUUAAUUGUGAAACGUUAAAUUAAAUCAGACAGAACAUAUUUUAAAUAAUUAAUCGCCAAACGACAAAUUUUUAACUAUGAAACUCGUAGCUUCUAAGAUCGAUACAUAUAUAUACAUAUAUAUACAUAUAUAUAUACAUAUAUAUAUAUACAUAUUAUAUAUACAUAUAUAUACAUAUAUAUAUACAUGUGUACAUAUAUUCGUAUAUAAACAUAAAUAAAUUAACCGUAUUAUUAUAAUAUAUACAUAUAUUAUUACAAAUACUGCAUAAAAAAUGGUAAUUGAUUGAAAGUCGUCUCUCUAAAAUUACAUAUAAAAUCGAGAAAUGCGGGUAAGGCGAGUAACUCGACUUUUUUUUUAAUUCGAUGUGUCUUCUCGAUGGGAUGACAGAUGACCGAUGAUCGAUGAACGAUGAUCGACGAAGAGAUCGAGAAAAGACAGAGACGAAAACUUUCUCGACCUCCUUGCCGUAUCUCCGCGGCUGUCUUUUUCGAUAAGUGGCCGGCGCGUGUUUCCUCUUGUCCGUAGCAAUCCCCAUCGUUUGAUACAAAUCCUUUUCUCGAAAAGGAACGUGUAUUAGCUCCUCCGUGCAAUAUGUCUACGAUUUAGAUAGUUUCGUUGAUUCUCACUGGCGCAUAUCGCAAGCAAGUUCGAUUGUGGAAAUCAUAAUGCGGUAGCUCUGGCGCCUGCUCGAAGUGCAACAGUUGGUUAACAAGUGGUUCCUUCGCUACGAAACGCCACACCACGACCGCGACGCGUUAAAAUUACCAAGAACGAUCGUUAAAAUUACUCGAGAGAAAGCCUGGAGAGAAAUUGCCUUAAAAUUUAUUUGCUAACGCACACUUUGUGCUCGUUACUUCGCACUCUGUUUUAUUUGUAUUUUAUUGUUAUAAUUCGUUUGUUUCGUCGAUCGUUGCUUAAUUAUUUCGAGCCGGUGAACACUUUUGAAGGGAGACGUUGCCUGAGCAGGGAGAAAAAUUUUAAGUGCUCGGGCGUAUACCGUCCAGUAUAAAAAUCGGUUUAAUUUUAAGAUUGUUUUAAGAUACAAUACUUGAUUCUACGCUUGUACGCUUCUUUGCACGAAUCUAGUCGAACGAUAGAAGAUUCUAGUCACAUUAUAUCAUUCCCGCAAUGACUGAUCCGCGAUCGGUGGGUCGAGGAUUCUCGUCUUUCAAAAACUACGUUCUCAUAUUUGUGUCCAUUUAUCAUUAGUUUGCAACCGCGGCCGCCGCCAAUUAGUCCGUCGAGUCCGCCGCGUACUGGUAUCCCGUUACUCGAGAGGCUAGGGAUAUAGAAAUUUUAGCUGUAGGUACACGUACGACAUACAAACCAUACACAUACAUAUAGGUAUUUUAUACCUACGUGCGACUAUAACCGAACCUGUAUAUUUUUACAUACUAAAUGUGCAGAAGCGAAUGGUGGGGUGAGUCGUUGCAAGAGGCGCGAAAAAGGGGUACGGAAAUAUGUACAUAUUUUGUUGAUACGUACACUCGUAUAUAUGCAGAAAUACACACGCACACGCGCGCACACACGUAUACACACGCACACGCGCGCGCACACACCCCACACACACACACACACACAUACACAUCGUAUAUUCACACACUAUACAAAAGUAUCCUGCAGCCUUUUGGCGCAUAGGAGAAAGAGAGAAUAAAAGUAAAGAUGUGCACCGAGAGUAUCGUGAAAUCUGUUUUAUCGUUGAUUUAGGGCGUGGCAUACAAUAAUUAAAAAAAAAGAAAAAGAAGAAAAGAAAAAAAAAAAGAAAAAAUGUCAAGUUUUGUAAUCAACGCACCCCGAUUUUCGCUGCUUCGUGUUCUAACGGGAGCCGGAAAGCGUUGCGUAGUAUAAUCAAAUACCGAUAUAUACAUUUGCGAGAGUUUAGUCACGGUCUAGUAGCGACGAUCGUAUCUACCUGCGAUAGAAAACGAAUCGCUUUGUUUCAGCUCCUCCGACUUACAGAUCGGUGGGACGAUCCUCGUGACUAGAUCGACGAUUUGUACAUAAUAAUACUAUAAUAGUAAAAAAAAUAACUGCAAAGAUCUGCACAGGGUGUACGUAUACAUACCGGUGCACACGUAAUGUCCUACUUAAAGAAAAAGUACUAACAUAUUAUUAGCGCGUGAGAUAGAAAGGAUAAGGAAAUAAAUAAAAAGAAAAAGGUACAGAACAAGAAGAAAAAUAGAAUGGAGAAGAGGAAGAGGAAGAGCGUUCACGAUAUGAGCGUGACGUUUGCGAAGAGAUCUCGCCCUCGCCCCUUUUUUCUCGGGGAAGAUCUUGCAGGCCGAUUUAACGAUUAAGUCAUUUUUGUGCGCAAGAAUUCGAAUAAGAAAUCACUAAGGGUGUUUGAGAGCGCGGUCUUCGAACCAAAUAGCAAAAGAACGAGAAAGAGUGAGAGUGAGUGUGAAAGUAAGAGAGAAAGAGAUAGAGAGAGAGAGAGAGAAAGAGAGAGAGAGAGAGAGAGAGAAAUGUUUGUAACUAUUUAUUAUAAACAAAAUACAACAGUAUUAAAAUCCUUAAAUAUGAUAAAAAAAAAAGAAAGAAAAACGCAGGGCGAUAUUUCAUUGAUCGGUCGCAAUUGUUUGACUGAUUAUUUUUGUUAUUAGCAUUAUUACGCUUCGUUGUAUAACUAAGCAUACAUAUUAUCGCUAUCCAUUAUUAUUUUUCUAACUCGUUGACGUCCUUGUGCAAAAAUGGAAGAAAAGAUAAAAGGGCCCUGUGCGCGCGACUACGCAAUCAAGCGAGAUUCGAGAAUAUCUCGAUGGUCGCCAUUUAUACGCGUUCAUGAUUGAGAAAAAGUUGAGAACGAGCGAGAUAGAGAUAGAGAGAGAGAGAGAGAGAGAGAGAGAGAGAGAGAGAGAGAGAGAGGGAGGGAGAGAAGGAAAUAGCGGAUGUGCGUGUGAGUGAGAGCGAGAGGGAAGGAAGCGACCGAACGCGCGAACGCAGAUCAAAAGUAAACUUAAAAUAUGGUAGUAGUAUCGUUAAAGAAAAUAAAAAAAAGAGAAAAAACAAUUAAGCGAGGGGAAGAGGUUUUAGCAUAUCAGCGUGUCGAGCUUUUAGGGUGGCACGAUAGCGUGAAACGACGAUCGCGCACGCGACACGACACACACGUUAGAAGAAAGAAAAAGAAAGAAAUAAUAAAAUUUGCGCACUUAUUAAAUGAUGUAGUACGUAAAUUGUGUUUCGAGAAAGAAAUAAGACGUUUGAUGUCGGUGGGAUUCGAGGAGAAGAAGGAGGAUUGGGAGGAGAAAAAGGGGGAGGUGUAGGGGGUUAGAGGAGGAGAAUGAGGAGAAGGAGGUGAAGGAGGAGGAGAAAAGGAGAGAAGAGGCGUGAGAUGGGAGAGCAUGCGCGUUUCGUGGAAACUUUUCGGCCUUCCUUUCUUACUUUUUAUCUUCCUCCUUAACCUCCCACUUCUCCCGUUCCAUCUUUCCACGCUCCGUCCUUUCCUCCACGAGAGAAUGUGCAAUUUUUUCGCGGAGAAAGAAAAAAUCGUCGUUGUUCCUCGACGAGAAGGAAAAGUUUCCGCGAUCCGUGCCGUGAACGACCGGUGGAAUUUCCAAGCCGAUUUUCCGAUCUCGAAGUGCGCUUCUUCGGUAUGUUCCUUUAAGCUGUGCAGCGUGCACGAAAACAGUUUGUUAUUACGAGAAUAAUGAAAACUUACCUUUUUUCCUUUCUUGCCUUUGGAGUCGGGGAUGCUACGAGAGGAUUUCAUCGAUUAAUGAAUGUCAGGAAAUCAGGAAGCUCGUCUCGUGCGUCGAACGGAAAAGAGGACAAAUUCUACCGGUUCGCGUGCACGUUAGGUACAAGGAAUAAUAAAUAAUGAAGAUUUGUUAUAACGUAUUAGUCGGCGAUUUUUUUUCAAGAGCGAAAACAAAGUAGAAGAGCGGGGGAAAGAGGCGAGAGAGGCGGGACCGAUUUGCACGACGGACCGGAAUUUUGGGAACGAAGAAAGCGCGAACGCGAGACAUGCCAUUUUUUAAUUAUUAUUUUCAUAAGGAACAUGUAAUAUAAUAUUAAUAAUGUAUAUCGAUAUAUGACGAAUUAACAGCAUCAUCGCGAGCUAUGAUCUCACACGAAACAACGCGCACGCACACACGCACACACAUACGCGCACGCGCACAUACACCCACCCACCCACACACACGCACACACACACACACAUACGUGAAUGAACGGACGGACAAACAGAGGACAGACAAAGAAGCAACAAACGGACGGACGAACAGAAAGAUAUACGCAUCAUGUACACAUGCGCGACGAUGAUGAUGGUUAAUAUUAUUAUUAUUACAAUUAUUAUGGUUAUCGAUUAUGAUUAUUAUUAUAAACAAGAAAAAAGAUACUAAAAUACAUUAUAUAAAAUAAAGAUAAUUAACCCUUACGUUAGGAGGCUAAACGCAUACUACAACGUUUGAAGUAUAAAUAAAGCAAAAAAAAAGCGAAGAAAAGGAAUUUACAUUAAGAGAAACACUUUGAAAUUAACAUGCAUACGUACACGUACGCACACGUACACACACGCACGCACCACACAGCACACACGCGCACACACGCACGUACACGUGACACGCGCACCAAGAAGAAGUCUGGGUGACAUAAAUCAACGUCGUACAUUUAUACUAUAUCAAGACUAGGACACGGUGAAAUAUAUAAAAACGUAGAGAAUUUUUGAACGUACCUCGUGGGAAUCUGCAUUUCGUCGAUGAUCGUGACGAUAUCGUGACGAAACUUUGACGCUAGUUUAUAUCGUCUCGUUCCAAGCGAAAGUUUACGAGAAUUGAAAAUAUGGAGGAAUCAGUGGAUCCGCGACAGUGAAAUCGAAAGAAACUCAUUAACUCGUACGACUUUCUCUCUGUGUAUACUCGAAUAAAGGUGGCGAGGAGAAGGAAGACGAUUCCGUUGGAUGUGAUAUAGGGACGAUAAGUCUAACGAAAUCGUUGUCACGUAUCGGUAGACGAAGGAAGGUUCCCCGACGUUCGUAUUUUCGCGCCACAGACGUGUUCCCGUAUUCGGACAUUGUUUGGGUUCGUCUUUUUCGUUUUCGUUCUUUCUUAUGUAUAAUAAACGCCGAGCCGAAAAAAGUUCUCUGUACGACGUACCUUAUCCCACUUGGAGCUCGCAUACAGACUACAUAAAAAAAAAUGAAAAAAAAUCUAGCUAUUACGGAAAUGGCUACUAGAAAGAAGAAAUGUACCAUUCAGAUAGUUUAUUAUUAAAGAAACGGUAAUCAUUAUAGGUAUAUUAACGACAUUAUUUAUAUUAUUACGCAUAUUAUAUAAAUAAUUAAUAAACGAGAUACUGACCUUAGGGUGAAGUAUUCGCAAAUGAAAAAAUUUUGGAAAAGGCCGCGUUCAAAAGGAAUAUUUUGAGGCGCGGCGGCGACGUGCCAUUUUGUCGGAAAUGGCAUUAUCGACGGAAAUAAAAAAUAAAAUAAAAUAAAAUAAAAUAAAAUAAAAGGAAAGAAAAGAAAAGAAAAGAAAAGAAAAGAAAAGAAAAGAAAAAAAAGAAUAACCAGCCGAUUUACUUUAACUUCGACAGUACUAUUAUUUAUUUGUAUAUGCCGAACGAUUAUGCCGUUUUCAGCGCGACAUAUUUUGGCGAUUCUCUUUGCUGGUAAAGAUUCAUACGAUGGUCGCGUUCCAGGGCUUAAAAACGGAGAACUAAAUGGGAGAAAGAGAGAAAGAGAGAUAGAGACAAUUAAAAAGAAAAAAAAAAAAAAAAAGAAUAAAUGAACAAAAUAAAAACCAGAAGUUUCUAUACUUUUUACGGAGAUUGUUAUAGUCUAAGCGCACACUGAUCAAGGCAUUCGUCGCUCGGCAAAGCAUAAUACAAUUAUUAAUAUAAAAUUUAUAACAGAAAUAAAAUAAAUGAAGUUAAUAAAUAUGUACACUGUAUAAUAAACAUUAUUUCCUAUUAAUAA